GACCUCAAGUCUUAGCACCCUGCUCAUUCAGUAGCUUGUACACACAUCUUCCACUGAAGCACUUUUGUAAGAACUCAGCAAUGUCAACACUGUCCGCACCAGAGAGAGAUGAGAGAGACUACACCAUGGCACAGAAGGUGCACUGGCAAAAACCUUCUUCUGACCAGUCACAGCAGCGACCUUAUUUAGGUGUUCGUGUGAAAGACCCCGUAAAGGAGCUGCUUAAAAGAAAGAGAAAGAACGUUGAGAACACUAAUACAACUCCCAGCAGCUCGAUGGUUUUGCCACGUCUUUCAAUGACAUGCUAUUCACAAAUAGGACAUCCGGUGUACCAUGAGACAGAUGCUGCUUCAUCACCAGUGCAACCUGCUGAGGAGGGAACCUUUCACACUACAUGGCUGCCUCAGCCAUCCUCUGCCAGCCUCCAGCCGGUGUCACAGUGGUCACCGUGCCCCAGUUACUCCUCGCACGAUGCCGUCAACUCACCGUACAUGCAAGACAUGUGCAUGCAAGCUGCCUGUCCCAGCUACUCAAUGCUGGGGCCCCCCUCGGUCAUGUCUUACAGCCCGCAACCAUUGCAGAACAACUUCCCAGGGAACUGCCAGUCGAGGGCGCCCACGCCAACUGGUCUUCCGCAAAUGGAUCUCUCAGGCCAGCAGCAGUCGCUCAAUCACUCUCCUUGGUGCCAAACGCUCUCGGCUCUACCUGCACCGGGUACGCCCUGUCCGGCAAGCCCCUUGCCGUCUCUGCCGCCCCAGUUUGUGCCUCUGAACAUUUCCAGCCCUGAGCCUGGACUUCUGGAGCUGGAGGAUGCCAGGAGAACCAUUGCCAACAUGCCCAUUGAGAAGCUGCUGCAACAAGAUGAAGACAAUGACACGUAUGUUACUUUGUACUAG